GACAUCAACUACCUCGAACUACUGGGACUGGAGGAACAGGAAGAUGUCCCGUCUAUCGCAAUUCUACACCGUCGAGGUAGGAGACACCAAGUUCACCAUCUUGAAGCGGUACCAAAAUCUCAAGACCAUCGGGUCCGGUGCCCAAGGGAUCGUCUGCGCCGCGGUUGACACAGUCACCUCAACAAAUGUAGCAAUCAAGAAACUAAGCCGCCCGUUUCAAAACGUCACCCACGCCAAAAGGGCAUACAGGGAAUUUAAGUUAAUGAAACUCGUCAACCACAAAAAUAUAAUUGGUUUGUUAAACGCUUUCACUCCCCAAAGAACUUUGGAGGAAUUCCAAGAUGUCUACCUCGUUAUGGAACUGAUGGACGCAAAUCUGUGUCAAGUCAUACAGAUGGACCUCGAUCACGAGCGGAUGAGCUAUCUGCUCUACCAGAUGCUCUGCGGCAUCAAGCAUCUGCAUUCCGCCGGUAUUAUACACAGGGACUUGAAGCCGAGCAACAUAGUCGUCAAGUCCGACUGCACGUUGAAAAUCCUCGACUUCGGUUUGGCGCGCACGGCCGGCACCACGUUCAUGAUGACCCCUUACGUCGUCACCAGGUACUACAGGGCCCCCGAGGUCAUCCUCGGCAUGGGCUACACGGAGAACGUCGACAUAUGGUCGGUGGGUUGCAUAAUGGGCGAGAUGAUAAGAGGCGGGGUGCUGUUCCCCGGCACCGAUCACAUCGAUCAGUGGAACAAAAUUAUCGAGCAACUGGGCACGCCGUCGCAGCAGUUCAUGGUGCGGCUGCAGCCGACGGUGCGCAACUACGUCGAGAACCGGCCGCGGUACCCGGGCUUCACGUUCGAGAAGCUUUUUCCGGACGUGCUGUUCCCUUCGGACAGCAACGAGCACAACCGGCUGAAGGCGAGCCAGGCGCGCGACCUGCUCUCGCGCAUGCUCGUCAUCGACCCGCAGAACCGGAUAUCCGUCGACGAAGCCCUGCUGCAUCCCUACAUCAACGUGUGGUACGACGAGCAGGAAGUGAACGCGGUAUGUAGAAAACCGGCGCCCGGUCCGUACGACCACAGCGUGGACGAGCGCGAGCACACCGUUGAGCAAUGGAAAGAACUGAUCUAUCAGGAGGUGAUGGAGUACGAGAGCAGCCACGGCAGGGCGACGUCGUCCAGCGCCCAGCAGAGCCCCGCCCAGAAUUCCAAUGAACCAAAUGGUACGGAUAACAUACGGUAGAAAAGGAUAUUAAACUUGAAGCACAAUUUAACCUUUCGACUAGUCUAACUUAUUUAAACUAAAUAGCAAUUCCCCACCAAACUAAUAAAUAAUUACGUAUGUACGAUUCCAAAAAAAAAUUUCUAUUUACUUGAAAAACAAAAAAUGCGCCGUGAACAAAAGACAUACGAACUUUUUCUGUAGUGAAACAUUGUGUCUAUAAAAAAACAAGUGGAUAUGACAGUCUUUUUAUAAUAAAAGGAAAAUAAAAGAAAAAAUCGUAAACUAUAUAUUUAAUAAUCAGUAUGUGUGAUACGAAAUCUUGCUAGUUUGUAUUUUACCCUAAAAUAUGUUGUGCAAUAUUUUUUUUUCGCGUAAAUUUAUUUAUGGAGUUAAAACCAAUUUUAUACUUACUCAAAAGUAAUCAUUUUAUUUUUUAACGUUUAGCCAAGAAAAAAUACAAAUUAGUAACAUCCUAUGUAAGAAAAAAUUAAAUUAGUUAGCGUUCCAUCUUAAUUAAUUUAUUUCAGCAAUAUUUAAAUAUUUUUUUACAUAUACUUGUGACUCAUCACUUAUUGUUUAUUUUUUUUCGAAAGUUAUCUAGACUUAAAUUUAGUAUUAGACGUGUAAUCUUAAAUUUUAACCUACGGUAGAAAGAAACAAAACAAAAAAAAUGACUACAAUAAGUUAUGUAAUAUGUCCGAUCCAUAAUGUAAAAAAAUUGUAACUUUUAGUGACUUUUAUGGGACAGGAGUUAUGUAUGUAUAUUUUACCCCCCAGUACAGGGCAAGGUUAUACAUACAGGGUGUCCGAAAAAUGUGUUCUGUAAGAGAGAAAAAUAAUCGUCAAAAAGCGGUGCGGCAUUUUACGACACCCUGUGUAAUAAUUAUUGAGGUGAUAUUUAAACUUGCCCUGUACAAUUUUGUGGCAAGGUUGCAAAACGUCUUAAAUUAAGCAUAAAAGGAAAAAAGCGUAGCUGAGCCACAUAUUUAUGUUUUUAAGUGCAAUGUUAUUGCCAUAUUUAAUAAUCCAUAAAAUGAUUUUUUACUAUAAUUAUAAUCUAUUAAAUAUGGCACCUUGUGAUUUUUUUGUUGAUUAUUUCGUGAAUAAGACUUAAAAAUAAUAUUUAUUUUGUUACUUUUAGUUUUGAAAACAUUAAAAAGUAAUGUAAAUAUUACACAACGUUUUUUUGUAGGGUGUUCAUUUUUAACUUGCCACAAAUAUCUUAGAAUUAAAGCAAAAUGAGGUAUAGUAGACAAAAACCGUGAAAAUCGGUAAAACAACCCUUUUUUUUAUUAAAUUUUACCCCAUAUUGUUUUUUAUUUCUUACAGCUUUUUACCGAUUUUUAAUGGACUAAAUCUAGUUAUUUGUAGUAUACAACCAUUGCUUGUAUUGUUCUGCUUUGUAAAUAAAGACGACAAAGUGAAUA